GGUCCUUUUUUGCCGAGCUGCCUUCCAAGUGGCAUCGAGUGCGAAGUUGACUUUACUCAUCGCCUUCAAAGUGAACUUCUGUGAAAGAUGUCGGAAGGAAACAAGGAUCUUCAGCUGAAGCAAGAGGACGUCAAGUACUUCUUGGCGGCCAACACUCACAUUGGUUCGACCAAUGUCAACUUCCAAAUGGAGCAGUACGUCUUCAAACGACGUUCCGACGGCGUUCAUUUGAUCGAUCUCCGCAAAACCUGGGAGAAGAUCCUUCUCGCGGCCCGUGCCAUCGUCGCCGUAGAGGAUGCCAGCUACGUCUGUGCCAUCGCUUGUUCGUCUUCAUCCGGCGAGUCCAAGCCUCUUGGACAGCGAGCCGUCCUGAAGUUCGCCAAGUACAUCGGUGCCACUCCGAUCGCUGGACGUUACACCCCUGGUACCUUCACCAAUCAGAUCCAGCAGGCUUUCAAGGAACCCCGUCUCCUCGUCGUCUGCGAUCCGGGAGCGGACCACCAGCCCAUCGAGGAGGCUUCGUAUUCGAACAUCCCCGUCAUCGCCUUCUGCCAGACCGACUCGAACCUGCGUUACGUCGACAUCGCGAUUCCCUGCAACAACAAGGGAGCGGCAUCCAUCGGUCUGAUGUGGUGGCUCCUCACUCGUGAGGUUCUCCGCAUGCGCGGCUCUGUCCCUCGAGAGAUGCCAUGGGAAACGAAGGUCGACAUGUUCAUCUACCGCGACCCCGAAGAGGCUAAGAAAGAGGAACAGGCUGCGCUUGAAGCCGCCGGACCGGUUGCGACUUUGAUUACCGCCGAAGACUUCACAACCGAGUACACCCCCGAGGCUAUUAUCGUCGACGACUGGGCCACUCCUGCUGCUGCUGCUCCGGCCGGUGUUGUCGCAGGAGUGAGUGUAGUCGCCCCUGUGCCAGCCGCCGCUGUGCCUGCCGUUGCCGACGACUGGGGCGCUUCCAAGGUUUCCGACUGGGCUGCUGAAGCUCCAGCCGCGGACUUCUAAUAAACCAAUUGGUUGAAGAA